CACAAGGCAGUGAAAAACCAGCUUAAAGUUGGUCGCGGUGUAAUUUUUGGGCUAGCUGCACGACCACGAAAUGAGGCCGAGCAGUGGUUGAGAUAAUGGUUGGGCAGGAACACGGGCAAACAACGGCUGGUAGAAUCGCACUCCGCAGGCCGCAUUAACUCCUCCUCGGCCUAGAGCCCCCUGUGUUCCCAUUAUACUGCGUGUUUGUGAAAUACGGUCGCAGCAACCAGCGAGCGAUGGCAUUCUCCAACCACGUCGGAGAUAUUGUGCAUCUCAAUGUUGGAGGAUCGAGGUUUUCCACCUCACGCCAAACCCUAACAUGGGUCCCGGAUACGUUUUUCACUUCGCUGCUCAACGGGCGCAUCUCAAGUCUGCGGGAUGAAACGGACGCUAUCUUCAUCGACCGAGAUCCGAAGCUGUUCAGCCUGAUACUGAACUAUCUGCGAACGAAAGAGAUCGACAUCCGGUCCGUCGACAUUCGGGUACUGCGCCAUGAGGCCGAGUUCUACAACAUUGCCCCACUGAUCAAACGGUUGAUGUUGUGCGAAGAAAUGGACCAGUCCAGCUGUGGCGAUGUGCUGUUCUACGGAUACCUUCCGGCACCGAACAUCCCGAUCCAGGAGCUUCCGGUAGGCUCAUCCUCCGCAAGCUCGCUGAGCGGUGGAGCGAUGACAACGGGUUCCAACGUUUCCUCGGCUGCGCCAUCACAGUCGCAGAAGGUGGAACCACUUGCUGGACCAUCGGGCCUUGGACCUCAGCAAGGUUCUAGCGUACACGGUGCAGCAGCGCAGCAGUCCCAUUCCGUUCUAUCGACCGGAUCGAACCCCAGACCCGGAUCCAUGGUACGUGUGCCGGAGUUUGCGCAAGGAGUAUCCUCUUCCUCUUCGGGAAGCGGCGGAAAUGGUCCAUCCGGAUCGAGUGGCAGCAACAGACACGCGGGCCAUUCCCGUAACUCGUCGUGGGAUAUGCGAGUCUCAUACAAUGGAAACGGUAACCGUAACGGUCAGUGGGCGCCUGGGCACUCGCGUACCGCUUCACUGGACAUGAUGCGCCACUCGCGCAAUUCCUCCGUUGAUCUCAACAAGUACGUCCGCAAUGAGGUAGGGCUCGUGUUUGGCCCUGGCGCCGGUGCGGGUGCGGGCGGUUGGGCUGAUCCGAUGCGAGUGCAGAUCAUUAAGGCCCAUCACAACUGGAUCUCGGUCGCGUAUGCCCACUUCGUCACGUGCUACCGGCUGAAGGAUUACUCCGGUUGGCAGCAGAUUUUUGUCUCACCCUACAUCGAGUCGACGAUCGAGCGGAUCGCCAUCAAUGCGAAGAUGAACCUAGCCACUUCGGCCGGCGAACAGUCGCACAGCAAGAUGGUCGCAAUCUCAUACGGCAGCCAGAUACGGCUGUGGGGAAUCUCGGACGAUGGCAGCAAGAUGGAAGUCGGCACCUUCAAUCUGCACGUACGCGUCGAGUAUCUGUUCUUCAUUGGCAGCCAACUGGUGGCACUAUCGUCGUCCGGCAAGAUUGGCGUCUGGCACGCGAUGACCCAGCAUUGGCAAAUUCAGGAUCUCGUUCCAAUACUUUCGUUCGAUACGGCCGGUUCCUUCCUGCUGCUGGGCUGCAACAAUGGCUCGAUCUACUAUAUCGAUAUGCAAAAGUUCCCGCUACGCAUGAAGGACAAUGAUCUACUGGUGACCGAGCUGUACAAGGAUCCAUCCAACGAUCACAUUACAGCAAUAUCGGUCUAUCUGACGCCCAAAACGACAACCGCGGAUCGGGUGAAGGAAGGUCUCUCUGGCAAUUGGAUCGAAAUUGCUUACGGUACACGUUCCGGCUCGGUGCGAGUGAUCGUGCAACACCCGGAAACGGUGGGGCACGGGCCACAGCUAUUCCAAACGUUCACCGUACACCAGAGCCCCGUGACGAAGGUGACACUGUCGGAAAAGUUUCUCAUUUCGGUGUGCAGCGAGUACAAUCACGUGCGCACCUGGCAGGUGCCAAGAUUCCGUGGUAUGAUAUCCACUCAACCCGGAUCAACGCCUGAGGCAUCGUUUAAGAUUGUUUCACUGGAAGCCGUAGAUUCAACGUACAGCUACUCGGCGGGUAACGAUUUCGGACCAUUCGGUGAGCAGGAUGAUGAGCAAAUCUUCGUGCAGAAGGUGGUGCCCGAUACCGAUCAGCUGUAUGUCCGACUAGCCUCCAACGGUGAGCGCAUCUGUCUGAUCCGGUCAGUGGACGGCACGACGAUCACGUCGUUCUGCGUUCACGAAUGCGAAGGCUCUUCCCGGAUGGGCUCGAGGCCACGGCGCUUCAUUCUAUCAGGACACUGUAACGGUGCCAUUCAGAUGUGGGAUCUAACGACCGCGCUCGAGAUAUCGAAGAAGAAGGAUCAACCGAAACGAAGCCUGGGAGGUCCGUCAGCCGAUGAGCUGAUACGCGAGCUGGAUCAGUGUGAUCUGAGCAAUAGCCACUGCUCUACACCGUGCAUGUCUCCCUGCCCGUCGGCACUGUCUAGUUCCGGUAUCGAUGCCAGCACCGUUGGGAGAUUGAAGCCGUUUAAUGUGGCAUUCUUGAAUCAAUCGGCAGCGGCUGCGGCAGCCGCAUCGUCCUCCACAUCUUCCCAGCCGGUCGCUGGACCAGCAAAUGCGCAGCAUGGUCAGGUGGCGGCAGCAGUGCUCGCGGCGGCAGGUGCACCACAAGGAGGACCCAACCAACCACCUGAGCAGCCCAACUGAUCGUCAGCUCGUCGGCAGCAUGAUAUCUGAAGGUGGUUUCGAUGUUUUCAGCUCGAGCAACGGCUCUAACGUCGCCGGCUCUACGUGGACAUCUGGAAGCGUCCGAACAAGCGGUACACCCCUUACACACAAACAGUUCUUUUUAAAGCAAUUCCUUGCCGUGGCCAUUCUGUGUUCCGGCCUUCCAUGUGCGAGUUCCUCGAGUGAAGGCACACCGCACGGUCACAGUGAAUGCGUCAAACGCGUAGGCAUAAUUAUGUAGGCAAAUAUAUUUUAUAUAAAACGUAA